UGAAGCAUAUGUAACCUGAAGCAUAUGUAACCCGAGGUACCACUGUAUUCUGAUUCUUUUCCUCAUUGGCAAGUUACUGCUUUUUUUUUAACAGCCUGGUUUUUAAGAACAUAGGUACCUUUUAUUUCUUCAUUUGAUUCUCAGGGACACGAUAUUAUUUCAGAGUUGGCAGUAAUAGUGGUGAGCUGCUGGUCAUUUUCAGGCUUCCUUUGGGAGGGAAAGGAAGGAGACAUCUAUCGCAGAGGGUCACAGCCAAGGAACGUGCUUUCCAGAGCUUGUUAAGCUUCCAGGAUGCAUUCUUUCUUGUUUGGCCUCGCUGUACACUUGGCAAGGAGUCUGCUUCAAUCCUAUUGCCAUGGAGAUGCAAACUCAACAAGGCUGUCAGACCAAGAUAGUAAAAGAAUAAAGGCCUGGAAACUAAGCACCGAUUUAGUGUGGUGGCUUUCGUUCCUGGCCAGGCUGGUGUGUUGCAUCGAUUCCCUGCUCCCUUGCAGAUCUGCGUUCCCCACCUGCAGUGCAGAAGGAAUGCAACAAGGUCAGGAGACCCCUGCAAAGCCCGCUGGUUCUAGAAAGCCCAGCAGUUCUUGGCUUAUGACAUCACGGGAUUCUUGGAACGUUUGCACCAACUGCCUUUCGGGCCAGCAGCAGAAAUUUUGAAUGCUACUUGAGGGGGAAGCGCUGCACAACUCGGCAGCACUGAGAAGAGGCAGCAGUUCCUCAACAUGCCUCAGGAUGGGAAGAGUCCGGGAAUGGCCUUUCCCAAGGUACCAAAGGAGGUAGAAGAAGAUGAUGAUGAUGUAGACUGGAGCAUGGGAGAGCCCUUUGAGACCUUGGAGAAACUCCAAGGUCUCUCCGACGGGGAGAAGGGGGAGAAAGCCAUGCUCCGCUCACGGCUCCAUGAGCAGUCCCAGCUGAUCUGCAUCCUCAAGAAGCGAGCGGACGAGCAGCUCUUGCGCUGCAAGGCCCUGGAGGAGAUCAACAUGGACCUGGAGGAACAGAGGAUGGCGGAUGCUAUGCGGCUGGAGAACCAGACGCGGCGCGUGCAGCAGCUGGAAGAGCGUUUCAUGGAUCUGGCUGCCAACCACGAGGACAUGAUCCACUUCAAGGACGAGCACAAGAGGCAAAACCUGCAGCUGAGGGAAGAGAACCACCGCUUGCGGGUGGAGAACCAGAACCUCUUCUGCCAGGCUUUGGAAGAGAAAGAGGCCGAAGUGGCCCAGCUCACUUCUGAGCUUAAGAAACUCUCGGGUGAAACCAAGUCCUUAAAGGAACGUUACGAACAGGACAGCCGCCACGCCCAAGAGCGAGAGAAGGAACUUUUGGAAGCCCACCAGCAGGAAGCCAAAUCUAAGGCUGAGGAAAUCAAGUCGCUGAGAAGCCGGCUGGGUAUCCUGGAAGAGAAACACAGCCACGUCACGGAGGAACUGCAGCAAGCGGAAAAGAAGCUAAGAGAGGUGGACUGCACCUUGCAAGCCAAGGUGGAGAAGCUGACCAAGGAGAAGGAGGAGCUGCUAAACCUGGCGAUGGACAGAGGCAAGGUGCUGCAGGACAAGCAAAGGGAGAUUGCGGAGCUGGAGAAGAAGGCGGAAGAGCUGGAGAAAGCCAAGCAGGCGGCGGAGCUGCGCUUUGAGACGGAGGCUGUAGCAGUGGACUGCAACCUCCGGGUGCGAGACCUGCGGAGGCGGCUGGAUGGCACCCAGCAAGCCUACACUGAGCUCCGGAUGCAUUUUGAAGCCUACAAGAAGCACAGCACUGAGUUGCUUACGAAAGAGAAAGAAUUAAAUACCAAACUCCGACAUUUCAUAGCGUAAGCCUUUGCUGUCAGCUUUGCUCCUAACAGACCUACAGCCUUUGAGAAAAUAAAAUAAUCUUUUACCAGAUCAUUCCCCCCCCCUAUUUUAGAUACCAGUUUUAAGAUAAUUUUGUUUAGAGUAGGAAGGCAAGCAUUCUUACGUUGCUGAGAUUGAGAUAUGUGUUUUUUGGAUGUAUUUUUUUCCAGUUGCCAUGGCAAAAAGAAGCGACUAAUAAAUAUAAUAAUUAAUAAAAAUAAUAAUUGCAGUGGCAUCAAUUGGGCAUACUACUGGAUGGAACUGGUAAGGACCAAGAAGCAAAUGAUUACAAGCAACAGGUAUAUAAAUAUAAAUUGGUAAUUGAGCUUUUUUUUGUUGUUGAGUUGUGGGUUUUUUUGCCAAAGUUGU